AUGGCUGGCUACACACAACAGACAUUUCAUGGCCAUGGUGGAGAAUCAAGUUCACAUGGUGGAUACGAGACUGAAUUUCACAAUAACACCCAAGAUGUGCCCACCUAUAGCCAUCAUACGACUCCAGUUGAAGUUGCUGGUAAUAUGGCUGAAACGGUUAAUUUUGUGCAGUUUGCUGACAGUGACAUGUACGGUCCUGAUGUCGCCCUAGGCAAUGAUGAGAUUGAAAUGUGUGAUGAAGAAAAUUUAUUGACCGGAUCAGAUGAUGAUAACGAAGAAGAUGAUGUCGACGGCCUCGUUGACCCUGAAAAUGUUCCCAUCCCACCUAGACCUGAAAUCCCUUUUUAUAAGAACAUUCACAUGGUUGGUGAUUUUAACAUGAGUAACCGUGAUGUCGUUCCCUGUAACCAGAUCUGGAGCGCUGAAAAUGCAGAGUUGGACAAAGGGAUGGUCUUCGUCGAUAAGAAGCAACUUAACGAACCUGAUAUGCCCAUUAAGAAUGUCAUCGAAGACAUAAAAAAGUCCAUGAACUAUACUAUACAUUACAAGAAGGCGUGGCAUGCAAGGGCAAAGGCAAUUCGAAUGGACCAGUCACGCACCGUGGUGGCAUCCCGACGGGGAGAUUCCGGCCUGUGGGAUCGUCCAUUAGACCAUAGAGUCUUGCAGUGUCUACUACGCGCGGGAUUCUAUGGUGUAUAUCGUAUAGGCCAUAUCAGAUUGGACCACCCACUCAUUACUACUCUCGUCGAGAGAUGGCGCACAGAGACUCAUACAUUUCAUUUCCCGACCGGUGAGGCCACCGUCACAUUGCAGGACGUAUCUGUCCUAUACGGUCUACGGAUUGAUGGGCGAGCAGUUACUGGACUUGACCCAUCAUUGACGACGGAGCAGUGGAUAGCGUUAUGUGCUGAGCUAUUGGGAGUAGCACCUACACCUGCAAACUUACAGGCAGGUAGAGUGAGGGUGAGGUGGCUGUCGGAGCAUUUUCAGGGCGAUUUUCCAGAUCAUGCUGCAGAUGAGUUAGUACAGCAGCAUGCGCGAGCAUAUAUUUUGUGGCUUAUUGGGGGGGUACUUCUCCCUGAUAAGUCACAGAACCUGCUCAAGCUGAUGUAUUUGCCACUGUUAAGAGACAUUGACAUCAUCGGCCAGUACAGCUGGGGCGCUGCGGCUUUGGCAUGCUUGUAUAGGAUGUUAUGUCGAGCCACUCAGGUGGGUGUGACUCAGAUCGGAGGACCCCUUGUCUUGCUACAGAUUUGGGCGUGGGAGAGAUUGAUUCGCAUUGCCCCGGCUAGGCGGCAAGUAGUUGCUCCUGGUGAGGUUCCCAUCGGGCAGGGAGACAUGCAGAUGCCGGCCGGACCUCGAGGUAGCCGAUGGAGGGUUGACAUGAGCCACGAGGUCGUAUCGACCCACGUAGUGGUCGUGUAUAGAGACCAGCUUGACCGGAUGAUAGACGGCGAGUUUAUCUGGCAGCCUUAUGCUGAUGUCCUCCAAACGCUCCUAGACUACUGCCGCCUAGGUGAGGAUAUAUGGAUGGCGAGAGUACCACUCAUUUGUUUUGACGUGGUUGAGUGGCAUCUCCCUGAUCGUGUCCUCCGACAGUUUGGUCGGGUCCAGGCCGUGCCGGAUCGGUGUGACACCGAGUGGCGGUUGCAUGCGACGGAUAGACGUGGCCGAGCCAGCACUGACUGGAGUCAGCAUCAUAUGCGAUACAUACAGUUGUGGGAUGCCCGUCGCGACACUAUUGUACAGGCUGACUGGAGCGAUGGGGUCCUCCCCUCUCCCGACCCUUACAUGUUGUGGUAUCGGCGACAUACACACCUACUUGUCGGUAAUCCGAGCCACCUGUCCGAGGCUGGAUAUCAGGGAGUUGGGCCUUCUCUCGAGGCAUUGGUGGUUCGAGUUGGGAGGUCAUAUCACUUGGCUGAGGAUGCUAUUUUCAGACGUGAUGGACAGCUUGGUCUGCAGGCCCUUGUAGAGAUCAGAGAGUUAUUGUACGAGGGGAUCCAGCAUGCCCAUCGGGUAGAUCGUCUGCAUUUUGGGGACUACGGUGUACACACUGCAGCAGCUGCUCCAGACACAUCAGUCCCGUCCACGUCAGUGCCUCCCAGUUCAGCGCCAGCCACAGCAGGUCCUUCGACUUCAGUCACCCCACCACAUGAUACCCCAUACAUUUCUCCAUAUUCCCCACACGUCCAUCUUACCCAGCAUGCUGACCCUGACCCUGAUUGGUCACCGCCCCGCUUCAUGCAUGAUGUUAUUACUCCACCCACCCAGUUACAGCCUACUUUUCUGGGAAGUACUUCGACCGCGCCCCGGUUCAUGCAUGAUGUUGCUACCCCACCCACCCAGUUACCACCUGCUUUUAUGGGGACUACUUCGACCGCACCCAGGAGUACACAUGAUGCAGUUCUCACUGACAUCUCCCACAUUGAGCACCCCCCCAGAGCGCGAGGGAGAGGUUAUGGUCGUGGGGGACGUCGCGGCCGAGGUCGAGGUGCGGGCAGAGGCAGAGGUCCGGGUGCAGCUGCAGAUCGUGAUACAGUUACACCAGACGAGGGAGUGGGAGUUUCACAGCUCACAGCAGUAUCUGAUCUACAGGCACAGGCAGGAUCAGGUGCAUCAGAUGCAGGAGAGGGGGGGUCACACUCACACUCACAGGCUCCACAGGCACUGAUGUAA